AUGUGGCAUUCAGCAUCAACCAUGUAUUGUGGUUUAUGGCUCUUCCUGCUCCUUGAGUGGGCGGUGGCCUUGCCAGCGCUUCCUGGAGACCUCAACAGAAGAUUUCUCGACCAUGAUUUGCCCCAUAUCAACAUAACCGAACAUUACGGUGCUUCCAUGUCCCCGCGAUCAAGCCUGGAACGUCGAGCCAAGGACUUUUACCUGCGCAUCAUGCCUCUGGGUGCCUCCAUCACAAAAGGAGAGCCCGCUCCGCCGGAUGACCAAGAAAAGAACGGAUACCGAAAGCCUCUCCGUGAUCGACUGAGAGAGGAUGGCUGGGAAGUCAACAUGGUCGGCUCGGUGGAAGACUGGGGCACAAUGAGUGAUAGACAAAACGAGGGUCACCCAGGCUGGAGAAUAUCCGAGAUUCACUCGCUUGCCCGAGACACUGUCCGCAAGUGGAAGCCCAAUCUCAUCCUCAUCAAUGCCGGCACCAACGACGCAACACAGAAUCGCGAUACUGAGCCCGCGAGCGAGUCACACAUCCGGAUGGAGAAAAUGAUCACAGAACUCUUCUCCAUUGUGCCUGAGACAACCAUCAUUCUUUCAACUCUCUUGCCUCACAGCAGCACGCCCGAGGCAGCGGAACGAAUCAAGGCCAUGAACCAAGAGACGAUCAAGCUCGUCAAAAAGCUUGAACAGGUCCCAGGAUAUCGCAUCUCCCUGGCGAACAUGGACGACGGUUUCAUCACCUUAGGCGACAUCUUCGACGGAACUCAUCCCACGCUGCUAGGUCGCCGAAAGAUGGCGGCCGUGUGGCACGAAGCCAUCAACCGAGCUGAGGGGAACAUCACCCGGCCAAGCAGCGACGUUGACUUUGACGACGGAGCAUCGGAUACAACCUGCGACAAGAAGUAUGGCAGUGGUAACGCCGGAGGCCGGGCGGGCUGGCAGGUACUCGGCGCCGCCGAUCCGUUGAUCAGCGAUGACGGAACGUACACGCACAAGUCUACUCCUAGGGGGAAACUCGACCAUCCCAUCUUUUGGCCCGAGACGACCAAGUUCUAUUUUACUCAGCUUGUCAACCAAGGUGCUGAUCGUGGCGGGGAGUUGGAUGAGUUGGUCAUUGCUGCGCUGCACGAGAGUGGCUCCAGAACAAUUUCCAUGGCCAUGAACAGGGGAGAUGGCACCUUUGACGAAGGUGUUAAGUUGGACAUUUCAGAUGGAUGCAUACCCAGAGGAAUUCGCUGGGGCGACAUCGAUAAUGAUGGCUUGGAUGACUUUAUCUGCAUCGCCCCCGACGGCGCUAUGUUUGUAUCAAGGAACAUGGGAGGAAACCCGCCCAAGUUUGAGUCAUUGGGACAGGCAAGAGGUCCUACUCUUGGAUACAAGCAAGAACAUGUCAGACUCGGAGAUAUCGAUGGCGACGGCAGACUCGACUACUGUGUUGUUGGCGACGAUGGCAACAUUCGCUGCUGGCGUAACGGUGGCGUUGGUAAAAUGCCCGAGUACUGGCAGGACAUGGGAUCAGGUCAGCCCGUCUUCCUGGCCAAAGGCAUGGGUGACAUCAGAGGUGUAAGAUUUGUGGACGUCAACGGAGAUAACCGCGAUGAUUGGGUGUGGAUCGAUACCACUGGCAAGACGCGUAUCUUCAUCAAUCAGAGAGGUGAGGGCAAGGGAAUGAUUCCUCACUGGGUUGAAGCUGCUGCUGGACACGGCGGUGGCUUUGAUGUCAAAGACGACGGCUCUCGAGACCUCAUCCAGUUUGGCCGGUUGUAUGGCAGCGGCCGUGCUGAUUACGCGUUCAUCGACAAGAGUGGAUGCAGGAAGUAUCUCAAUACGCAAAUGAUCUUCUGCACGUGGGACAUCAAUGUUUGGGAGAACCAGGGGUCUGGUGGAAAAUUCCAGAAGGGAGACGGAGCUUACUGGGGCGACAUGAGGGGCAGAGGUGUAGAUGACUACAUCUGGAUCUCCCCCAAUGGUGUCGUCAAUGUCUUCCCGAACCAGAACACGAAAGAAGACACGACCAAGGACGCCACGCGUGGCAUUUGGGGUGUAUCUAUCCGCGCCCUCGAGACUGGCAUGGACCGCCGUGCCCUCCAUAUCGGCGACUGGGACGGCGAUGGCAAAGACGAUGUCAUUGGCGUUGAUAAGGCAUCGGGUGCACUCACAGUCUGGUACAGUCGCUGGAACGGCGGCACUGACUUCAAGUUCGAUCGCAAAUCCAUCGAAGGCAGCGACAAGUGCAAGCAACGAUGGGGCGUGGGGUACUUUGAUAACGGUCACCACUUCGCCGACAUCACUGGCGAGGGCAGAGUUGACUAUCUUUGCAUGGAACCUGACGGUCGAGUCACAGGAUGGAUGAAUGACAAGGAUUCGACUCUGCGAUCCGUCGGUCAGGUCAAGUUCAGCGAAGAGCUUGACAGAGCCAACUUCCGAUUUGCCGAUGUCGAUGGCGACGGCAGAGCUGACCUCAUCUGGACCGAUAAGUUUACCGGUGAUGGCAAGGUUUGGAAAAACAUGAGGGAACUUCCUGAAAAUGAGCGGAUGAGCGGCAGCAAGUUUCAUUGGGAUCCGAAGGGAGCUCUUUACCUCGGGUCAUCGAGAGGCCCAAACUUGCACUUCCCGAACCUGGGAGGUCAAGGGCGAGCAGACAUGGUCGAGGUCAAUCCAGUGACGGCUCAUGGCUGGGCAUGGUACAACAUGUGUACCAUCGGCGGAGGCGAUGACGCCGAGUCGGACCCUAACCUCCCCGAGUACACGCCUGCACCCCCAGAGGAUGAUCCCGAAGUACCCGACGAUGAGGCUGAUGCGUUCUGCGACUCCAACGCCAGUCUCAGGAAUCCUGCUCUUUGGAACGAGCUUGGUAUGGGCACUUGGCUGGAGCAGAGGACUCGAUACUACGCCAACAGCGAGGAAGGAUGGCCGCGACUGGCGGAAAAUGAAGACGGAGGAGUUCCUCGUGUGAUGGCCUGGUUCAAUUUGCGAACAGAAGACCGACGGUUGAACUGGCCCGGACAAAAGUGCCAAGAUAUCACGGGCGAAUGUAGCUUGGAUUCGUCUGAUUACCUGGACAAUUGUCAUGGCAGAGGGCGUCGUUCAUUCGCUCUGUGGACCAUGGCCAACUACGCCCAUUUCCGCCAACUUCAUGCUGAAACCAUCACCAUAGAAGGGCUCAACACAGCCCUUAAGCUGCCCCUCUUGUCUACCACUUUCAUCAAUUCCAAGUACGGCAGCGACCUCUCGAUGGGUGCUGGAGCAUGGCUCACUCUCGCCGCUGGCUUCGCAACCACGAUCUCGGCAGUCGCUAUACCGGCGACCGGUCCGAUCGGCGCCUUUUUCGGGGGUCUUUUGACGGUGGCGAGUGCCAUCGCCGGCUCCUCCAGUGAUCCGACGUUUGAUCCCCGAUUCGAUACUUGGGCGCAGUUGUCAGCGGACUUUGGCAAGGCGCAGGAAAUGGCACGCGAUAUGUUCGCAGCCCAAUACAACAAGCUUCUUCGCGACAUGCCCCCGGACCACGACGAGAAGGCGGGCACCGAACUAGCUCUGCUCCUCAAGUCCGGCGCCUUUGCCAGCCAGGACAUCGGUACAGGCUCGACCGAGAUUGACACGGGCGUGCAGCGGAGAAUGCUCACGGCAAGUCUGAUCACGGCGAUGUGGAACAGUCAGCGGGUUUUUGCUGUCAAGUUCGGCAAGGACAAGGUGAAGUUCAAGGACAAUCGCGAUAACGACAUUCACUACGACCCCUGCUUUGGCAAAGGGAUUGACGAAAACGUCGCCAAGCACGAAAUCUGCUUCGACGAGAACACGAACUGGUUGAUUAUCGAGCACCCGAAGGAACUGAGGGAUGAUGGUGACCUCUGGCGGAACUUUGGCCAAGACGCAAAGAGCCUGGAUACCUUUGACUUCACGCCAGAACAGGUGAUCCGCUCCGCCGAGCGCACGCAACAGCAGACGGGCGGUUUCAAAUCGACGGACCCGAACACCAUGGCCGACUAUCUCCUCAGCAUCGGACAGGACCCCAAUCGCGAAGGCUUCGAUAUCCAGGAGCUUGUUCGAUUCAACAUACCCGUGUGCGACAUGGACAAGUUGGACCUCGAGGCGGUCUACUGCACACCCAGCAGCCAUGAUUGGUGCAUCUUCCAAGCGAUCAUCAGGACAUGUGAAGGGAUGUAUCUUUCAGAGACCGUGGGAUGGCCGUACAAAUUGGGGGAUGAUUGA